GGAGGCAGCCUCGGACUCUGCACCCUCAGGUGCGCGGCGCCUCCCGGCCCAGCCGCUCCAUGGAAGGGGCCGAGUCCCCGCCGCCGGGAGAGGAGCUGGAGCUUUCGGUGCUCGAGGGGCAGCCGGACGAGCAGACGCCUCUCAAUGGAGACGUCCAGGCCAUCCCUGUGGCCGACGGUCCCUGCCCAGCACAGGCUAACAGGGAAAGCACCUGGAGCUCCCGUAGUAAGAAUUUGUGUGGAAAGUAUAAACCGUGGAAGGUCAUCGUCUCCAUUUUUGUAGGUUUCGCUAUAGUGAUCAUCAUAGGCUUAUCGCUCCAUGGAGUAACUUAUGUUGAUGAAGAUGAAAAUGAAAUACUUGAAUUAUCAUCAAAUAAAACAUUCUUGGUCAUGCUAAAGAUUCCAGAGGAGUGUGUUACUGAAGAGGAAUUGCCUCAUCUGCUCACCAAAAGGCUCACAGAUGUGUACAGUACAUCGCCGGCUCUGAGUCGUUAUUUUACUUCUGUUGAAAUAGCGGACUUCAGUGGUGAAAACAGCACAGUGACCUACCACUUGCAGUUCAGGGUUCCAUCAGAUAAUGACAGUUUUAUGAAGUAUAUGAUGAGUGAAGAGUUGGUGCUGGGCAUUUUGCUACAGGAUUUCCAUGAUCAGAGCAUACCUGGUUGUGAGAGUCUGGGGCUCGAUCCAGAAUCCCUUUUGCUGUACGAAUGAAGUGGUGGAGGUCGGUCCAUGUCCGGAAGCAGUGCUCCACUGAGUUUUGGAGAUGAAGAGCAUUCUUUCUGUUUUACUGAAAAAAUCCUGUGGAUCAAUAGAGAAGAACCCAGCAAUGACCAGAGGGGUGGAGACUGGGCCUUUCUCUCCCGAUUCUGCACAGUUACAAAGUCUGGCUCCAUGUCCAGAGAAACCGCUCUCCACAGCAUUUGAGGUCACUGCUAUUCUUGAAGCACCAGCCACCUCUGCCCACACGUGGGCACUUUCUCUUUACGGCGGGGGUGGUGCACUGCCCCCUUUAGGCAGGGUCCUCUUAGCAAGCACUGCUGGAGCAGGGCGGGGCAGGCAGCCAGGUGAGGGAGAUUGAGCCAGUCACUCACUGAAACCCCCCUCCUCCCUCCCACCAUUAUAUUAGCUCUACCUCUAAGCCAGGCCGUGAGGACAGGGAAAGCACUUUAUAAGACCCGAGCAGCAUAGCUGUGUGUCUACUUCCAUGACCCGUGUAAGACACCUGGGUAUCUUAGCAAAACAGCCUUAGGCAUAUCAACCUAAUGUUACUGUGAUAUAGAUAUAUGUGUGUGUGUAUAUAUUUGUGUAUAUGUCUAUAGCUACAGGAAGAAGAUGUACGUUUCUUAAUUAUUUUGCAUCUCCUCAUUGUUCCUGUGAUUCCUGAGCACCUGUUUUGGAAACAUGAGUCCCUUUUAGAUUUGAACAUACUACUGUCAUUUGGAUAGUCACCCCGUAUUUUUGUAAACUUCCAUCAGAGUUCACGAAGACUGUUUAACAUCUGCUGUGGAUAUUACACAUUGGCUCUUUACUGCCCAGAGUCCUUAGGUAUUGAUUGUGUAUCUUAUCACAGAUGGUUGGGAUACAGGAAGAACCACUCUCCUUUGGAAAUAAUCCCUUGGAAGCUUAAGACAAGAUCAUUUGGGAGCUAGGAGGAAUAUUAUUGACUGUAUGGGUUGUCUGUGGAUAUAGAAUUGCCUGUCACGAGGGAAUAGAGUAUUUGUUUUAUCGGGAAAAUUGCUUUGUUGAGAAUUUACCAAGAGAAAGAGUUUUGUGGUUAUACAGUGAGCGACUCUUAGCCCCGAUCUCUCAGUUAAAUUAGCUGAGGGAGGAAGUCCGUGUGAGGGCAGCUGUGUGAGGUGUGUGGCAGAUUGUUUAUCACAGGCUAGAUUUGACUUGAGCUCCUUAUGCCCCAGGACUGAAUAAUGUGAAUUCACUUUUUUAUCUAACUAGAAGAUAUAUGUACUGUAGCAUAUUGUCUCAUUUUAAAGAUAGUUCCUUAAACUAGUGACACUAGUGGAUUUCCCUUCUUCCUCUUUUAUUUUUUACAUGUCAAAUGUGAGCCUUAGUGCCUUAGAGCCUUUCUUAUUUUUAGAAAAUAAUGGAGAAUUUUAACGGAGAAUGAUUUAAAAACAUGUACAAUAAAUUCUUUUUGCAUCUGCA